CCUUGCGCGAGGCGGCAGCUGGGCACCGCCAUUUUGGCCGGUGGCCGUAGGAACACGCUGUGUGGCUCCCAAGUGAAAACAGGAGCUGACUUGGACUCUACGGUCCCUCCGCAAGGGGAUCAUUUUUCUCCAGUAGAAGUCCUGGAUAGUCUUUCUUAAAACCAUGGCAGACAAAUUAACAAGAAUUGCUAUUGUCAACCAUGACAAAUGUAAACCUAAGAAAUGUCGACAGGAGUGCAAGAAAAGUUGCCCUGUAGUUCGAAUGGGAAAACUAUGCAUAGAGGUUACACCUCAGAGCAAAAUAGCCUGGAUUUCCGAAACUCUUUGUAUUGGUUGCGGUAUUUGUAUUAAGAAAUGCCCCUUUGGCGCCUUAUCAAUUGUCAAUUUACCAAGCAACUUGGAAAAAGAAACAACACAUCGAUAUUGUGCCAAUGCCUUCAAACUUCACAGGUUGCCUAUUCCUCGUCCAGGUGAAGUUUUGGGAUUAGUUGGAACUAAUGGUAUUGGAAAGUCAACUGCUUUAAAAAUUUUAGCAGGAAAGCAAAAGCCAAACCUUGGAAAGUAUGAUGAUCCACCUGAUUGGCAAGAAAUUUUGACUUACUUCCGAGGAUCUGAAUUGCAAAAUUACUUUACCAAGAUUCUAGAAGAUGACCUAAAAGCCAUUAUCAAACCUCAGUAUGUGGACCAGAUUCCCAAGGCUGCCAAGGGGACAGUGGGAUCUAUUUUGGACCGAAAGGAUGAAACAAAGACACAGGCAAUUGUGUGUCAGCAGCUUGAUUUAACCCAUCUAAAAGAACGAAAUGUUGAAGAUCUUUCGGGAGGAGAGUUGCAGAGAUUUGCUUGUGCUGUCGUUUGCAUACAGAAAGCUGAUAUUUUCAUGUUUGAUGAACCUUCUAGUUACCUAGAUGUCAAGCAGCGUUUAAAGGCUGCUAUUACUAUACGAUCUCUAAUAAACCCAGAUAGGUAUAUCAUUGUGGUGGAGCAUGAUCUAAGCGUGUUAGACUAUCUCUCUGACUUCAUCUGCUGUUUAUAUGGUGUACCAAGUGCUUAUGGUGUUGUCACUAUGCCUUUUAGCGUAAGAGAAGGCAUAAACAUUUUUUUAGACGGCUAUGUUCCAACAGAAAACUUGAGAUUCAGAGAUGCAUCACUUGUUUUUAAAGUGGCUGAGACAGCAAAUGAGGAAGAAGUUAAAAAGAUGUGUAUGUAUAAAUACCCGGGAAUGAAGAAAAAGAUGGGAGAGUUUGAGUUAGGAAUUGUAGCUGGAGAGUUUACAGAUUCUGAAAUCAUGGUGAUGCUGGGAGAAAAUGGUACUGGUAAAACGACGUUUAUCAGAAUGCUUGCUGGAAGACUUAAACCUGAUGAAGGAGGAGAAGUACCAGUUCUAAAUGUCAGUUAUAAGCCACAGAAGAUCAGUCCCAAAUCAACUGGAAGUGUUCGCCAGUUACUACAUGAAAAAAUAAGAGACGCUUACACUCAUCCACAAUUUGUGACUGAUGUAAUGAAGCCUCUACAGAUUGAAAACAUCAUUGAUCAAGAGGUACAGACAUUAUCUGGUGGUGAACUGCAGCGAGUAGCUUUAGCUCUUUGUUUGGGCAAACCUGCUGAUGUCUAUUUAAUUGAUGAACCAUCUGCAUAUUUGGAUUCUGAGCAAAGACUGAUGGCUGCAAGAGUUGUCAAACGCUUCAUACUCCAUGCCAAAAAGACAGCCUUUGUUGUGGAACAUGACUUCAUCAUGGCUACCUAUCUAGCAGACCGGGUCAUAGUUUUUGAUGGUAUUCCAUCUAAGAACACAGUUGCAAACAGUCCUCAAACCCUUUUGGCUGGCAUGAAUAAAUUUUUGUCUCAGCUUGAAAUUACAUUCAGAAGAGAUCCCAACAAUUAUAGACCAAGAAUAAACAAACUCAAUUCAAUUAAGGAUGUAGAACAAAAGAAGAGUGGAAACUACUUUUUCUUGGAUGAUUAGACUAAAUCUGAGAAUAUCGAUAAGCCAUUUAUUAAGAGAAACAUUGGGAUUUUUGUUAUAUAAAACUAAUCAGGUCUUACGCCCCACACACUCUGGAACUUGAUGUAUAAUUUAUUUCGUGUAACCUCAAAAAGCCAGUUUUUGUUGUAGUCUGAACAGAGAAAAUUCCACUUUUGUGUUCUUGAUGAGAAGACCCAUUUUAUGUAUAACAUUCUAAAAUGAAGACAUUUCAAAUAAUGCAAAUUACCUCCAAGUUUUCACGAUGUAUGGGAAGAUUUCUCAUAGUUGUGUCAUAUAUAUUCAUGUUCCAAAUACAGUGUUGCUGUAUUUUAAAAACAUUUGAGAACGCUUUCUGUACUUCAGUGGUUUGCCGGGUAUACCAAUAUAACAAAACUGCCCUUGUUUUAAAAGCCAGUUGAAGACUCCACGGAUGACAUUUGAUAAACAUCUAUCAGGAUUAUAGUUUAAGUCUGUAUUAUAUUGUUAAAAUAUAGUACAGAAUCUUCCCUUAUGAAACACCAGUGUUACAAUUUGAGCUUUUGUUAACUAAAGCAUUAUUUGUAGUAUUUUUUGUUGGUUUUGAACAUAUUUAUCAAAAAUAGUUGCAAUAUAUCCUCUCUGCCACAAAAAAACCCUAACAGCUUUACUCUUUUAGUUACUCAGUUCUUUCGUUCUCAGAUUCUGUGUUAAAAGUAAUUAUUCCCAUGGGCAAUAUCAUUUUUUUUAAGCAUACAUUUAUGUAAUCACUGAUCAAGAUUUAGGAAAAAGCAUUUCUAAAGAACAUUUGCUUUCCUUAAAAAAGUAGUCCUCAAUAAUACGAAUCUGAGAGGAGUCCCACUCGGCCUGGUGGAACCCCUGGUGGCAGUGCUUAAGCGCUUGGCUACUAGCCUGUAUGUCAGCAGUUCAAAUCUACCAGCAGCUUCACAGGAGAAAAGAGCUGAAGAUCUGCUCCCAGCAGUGGUUAAGCGCUUGGCUACUAACCUGUAGGUCAGCAGUUCAGAUCUGCCAGCAGCUUCACAGGAGAAAAGAGCUGAAGAUCUGCUCCCGGCAGUGGUUAAGUGCUUGGCUACUAACCUGUAUAGGUCAGCAGUUCAAAUCUGUCAGCAGCUUCACAGGAGAAAAGAGCUGGAGAUCUGCUCCCUUAAAGAUUACAACCUGGGAAACUCCACAGGACAGUUCUAAUCUGUUACAUGGGGUCACUGUGAAUCAAAAUUGACCUGCCGGCACACAACAACCCUAGAUGUACAGUCUUAAAAUCUUCAGUUUUUUUAAACUUCCACAGAUUUUUCUGAUGGGCAGCCAAGGAUUGUGAACCACUUCCCUGAAGGGAACGUCAGUGCAAGAGUCCUGAGAAAGCAGUACAAAGUAUCCCUUGGUACCAAAUUUAUUCAGUCUGAGUUUGGAUAUAGAGGACCCUAUUUUCUAAAUCUAUUUGACUUUUUUUUUUUUUUUUUUAGGUUUGGAUAGUAUGUAGCAAGAGUUCUAAAACGUACUGAAAUCUGUGUGUAGUUCCUGAGUUUGAAUACCAGGAUACUUGUAGAGUAAAACCACUUCAAAUUAUACUCCUGGCUAAUGUACGGCACUGGAAUUAACCGAUCCUAUGAGUGGGGAAGAAAAAGGGGUUUACUAAGUAAAUUAAUGGGGCAAGCAAAAUAGAGGGGAGAAUUAGAAAUUAUUUGAAUAGACUUUUAGAGCUCCUUGAAACAACAGAAGUCUUGAUUAAAACACAAACAGUAUAGUUUAAUUGGGCCCCAUUAGGCCUUUUUUUUUAAUAUAAUUUAUGAGUAAUCCAUAAAUAUGUUGUGAAAAAUACAAAUAUACAAAACUAUGGAAUAAAAAAAUAUGAUGUCCCUCCAUAUUACCCUUCCAAAGAUUACCAGUGUUUAAUAUAUAUCCUUUCAUGUUUUUUUUCUGUGCAAUUAUGUGUGACUAUGUAAAGGGUUUGUUUUGUACAUAAAUGGAUUAUACUAAAAUAAGUAGUGCCUAUUUUUAAGGAUAGGUUAAAUACGUGAAUGAUUAUUUCAAAUAUAUUGAAUAAAAUAAGAUAAAAGCUAUUUUUCUGUACAAAUUUCGUAUUUUGUCCUAAAGAAAAUGCUUGUUAGCACAAUUCUUUCUAUGCAGUUCUAAUAUGUAUUAUAAGCUAGUAAUUUUCAUGUAAAUGAAAUUUUAAAACAUGGAUUUAGAUAUUAAAUUUUUAAAUAGUAACAAAAGGCUUACAGCUGCUAACAUGAAAAACAGGUUUGUCUAUAAAAUCAGUGUUGCCAGCCCAAAUACACAUCAGUGUAAAUGUUAGCUGUUAGAAACAAGACUGCUGCUAUGUCCUGGUUAGAAGAAAACCUCUAAAAUAGUAAGCAGAGAAGCAAGCUGUGGCACAGUUGAUAUAAAAUUACCACUUAUUUAUGUGAGAAUAUUAAAAUACCCAAAAGGAUACUCCAGAAAACAGAUUGCUUUUGGGAGGGAUAACUUGGUGAUGUUGAGAAUAGGGAAGGACACGUCUGCCCAUAUAUAAACAGUACCUUUUGAAUUUUAUAUUGUGCAUGUAGCAACUGUUUUAGGGAGACAGUUUCAUUGGGUUCCACUAAUGAAGUGUAGCCUUAACAGCAUGUUGACACCACAGCUAUUACUUCUACAGUGUAACCUAAAUUUUUACCAUUAGCUUCUUGAAGUCAGUCCUGUAUCUUAUCACUCAGCAUAUUAUGUAGUGCCUCACAUGUAGUUGGCCUACUCUAUUGAAGGAAUAACCCCACAUGCCACAGAAAAUAGCCAGAGUGAAAAACCACUCAGUUGCUUAUCUCCUUCAUGUUUAAUAAUGUAUUUAGAUACAUGUGUAUCAAGCUCUUAACCUAGUGUCUGGCAUAUUGUAAACAUUCUGGUUCAGAAGAUAACUAAUUCUGGAUUGGAGAAUCAGGAAGGGCUAUGUGGAGGAAGUAACUCCCAGGAAAAAAGUGUAACAGCACCUAUCUCACUGGAUUAUAUGGAUAAAUGAGAUAGCCUAGAGGAUCUGACAGACAGAAAUGAGUGUGGGGCAGUCAAGAUACGGUUAGUGGUAGGGGAGGAUGAAUUCAGAUUGUGACGGGCUUUCCAUACCUUUAAGACUUAAUUUUUUUACAUGCUUGGAAGUAGUAUAGGGCUUGAAGAGAAGAGACAAAGCAAGACGAGUUAGGCAGAAUUACUGCUCAGGAUCUUUCUUAUGCUUUUAUUCCUUUGUCUUUUCAUGUUUAUAUUCCAUCCACUUUGCUCACGCAGGUCUGAACUUGUAUAUUCCAACUGCUGACUUGCUUUUGGUGAAGUGUUUCCUCAUAUUAUUUUGGUUUGUGAGCUGAUGUUCAGCCCCUUUCCAUCAUUCCUUGCAAACUUGUUAGGGUAGGCAGUGUGCCCAGCCGUAGUUGGUCUAAGAUAAUCAUGACGAUCCUCUACCCCAUUUCACAUAGGUCACAUGACCCAGUUUGGGACAGUAAGUUGAAAGCGUAAGUCUGUCAGGAUUUUCUGGAAGAGCUUUUACUACCCUAAUGAGAUACUUCUCUGAUACUGCUUCUUGCUAAUGUGGGUAUCCACAGCAUUUUGUGCCCAUGAGGUGACACAUAAGGGAAAUGCCCAGAAGGCUGCAAGGAUGCUAGUCCUGAUACCAAACACCGUACAACUCCCAGCAGCCGUUUACCUCCAGAUUUCGUAUGAAAGAAAAGUAAAUAUUUAACCUACCGAAAAUAAGUCAGUUUUCUGUUGCUUGCCACGAAAAGUAUUCCUCCUAGGCUGAGGUCUGUCCCUACAAAGACUUUUCUUUUGCUUCUGCUAGAUCACCCAAGUUUAUUACCACUUGGAACCACUUUUCAUCUUUCUCAGUUUGGGGAUUACUGGACCUUAAACCUACACAAACAUGGCAACAUUCUGGAAAUUUUCUUUUGAUAAGCUGGAGCCCAGGCCAAAAGAGGGUUUUUUUUUUAUUCAUCUCACAGGGCGAUACGUGCUUUAAUGCACGUGUUCUCCCGUGUCUAUAUCUGUGGUGGUGAUCUGCCUUCCAGUCAGCCACUGACUCAUGGCCAACCCCAUGCACAACACAACAAAAUGCCACUUGGUCUUAUGCCAUCCCCAUGAUUGGUUGCAGAUCAGACCAUCUUGAUCCAUGGAGUUUUCACUGGCUGAAAUGAAAGCCUUCUACCACAUGUACAUCGCUCCUUGUUAAUGAGACUGGCCACCAUCCUCAUCCAUCCCUUCCCAUGGAGGGCACCCUUUGUAUCUCUAUGCCUGUGCCUCUGGUUUCCGGUCUCUAUUUUUGGUCCCUAAGCAUUUUCCUAAAUUUGCAAUCUCAACUAUCACUUUUAAAGACUUUUUAAGAUUUCAUCUAAUAUUCUAGGUAUUUUGUAGCAAGACUUUCUAAUCCACCAUAUUGCCAUCUGGCAUCAGUUUCCUCCCAUGUGAAAUAAAGAUAAUGUGAUUGGGGGAGAAAAUAAAUGGCAAUGUUUUUAAAAGUAACUUAUAAAGUCAUAAAAGACUUAAAUGCUCUUAUUCCUAAUUUGUAAUUUAUAGGAAGCAAAUAAGUUACACAACUGUAGCUAUGUGCAUAGCAAGUGUGUCUUUUAUGCCAUCAGAAGGUGGUUAGUCCAAAGCCAAGGUUCUCAUUUAAAAUAACAAAACUAGCUCACUACAGUUUGUUGAAAUCAGUUAACCUGCCAGUUUAGUAAGGAGAAUAUUCCAGGAAGUAGGGUAUUAAUAAGAACCACACUCUUGAUCCUUUAGGAAUUUUUUCAUUUUCUAAAUGUGCAAAAAUCACAGGAAUGAUACAUGUUUCAAGCUGACUCUGAAGCCCCAAAUGUCUCACCCAUAAGUGAAAGCCAAAAACCCAUGUCUAUAGCUUAUCUUAGAAAAUUAACCUAAGAACUACUAUGUUCUAGUAUCUGGGAUCUUAAAAACUUGCAGGCAACCAUCCAAGAUGCAACAAUUGUCUCUAUUCACCUAGAUCAGCAGGAGACCCAGAAGUCAGAGAAGGAAAUGGACUGCAGGUCUAGAUGCCUCCAUGAACUACUACUGCCUCCUUUGACAAGCAACCAGAACUGAUGGUGCCUGGCCACCAACACUGAACGUUUUGAUCAAGGACUCAAGUCAGCAAGUGCUGAUCAAAAUGGGGGGGGGGGACGACACGUGGAACCAUUCAGGCUGGAAGAACUCUCAAAUCUGUUGCCCGGAGAAAACUUUUCAAUCUUGAACUGAAAUUAUCCCCUUAAGUGAUCUUCAGACUAACAGUUCAGCUGAACAGAUGUUUGCCCUGAUCAUUACACUUUUAAAGAAUUUUAUUAUCAGACCGAAUUGACAACUGUAACUCACAGAGGAGGAGUUUAUUGGAUGGUCUCAGUCAAUGGUGGUGAAACAAUAUGGGGAGAACGAGAACGCUGACACAUGAAGAAUGUAACCACUGUCAUUGAAUUGUACAUGCAGAAAAAAAAUUAAGUGCGUGAUCUGUGUUUUCACCAAAAAAAAUUAUUCUGAGAACUGUAUGAUUCAUACUGUUACAAGCACUUAUAGUCAAGGCACAUGUGUCUUUGAAGAAAAGCUGUAUUUCCUCUUUUAUAGCUGCUUACAUCUCAAACUAUUCCCUAGACCUGAACCUACAGAGCCUUUCAAAUUUCAGUGAAGCUGUAAUAAAUUAUUCGGAAAAAAAAAAAACAGAGCUCUUCUAGUUACAGAGAACUUUCUAGAAACCCCACAUUGGCCAACUGUUGUGAAGCACAGACUUCUCUUGGUCUCACCUUUCAUCCCAUCCACUUCUGGAGUGGCUGAUUCUCCAAGGCCCUACACACACGCUCCUUGCAUCCCUGCUCACACGUUCUACCAAGGCCCCACCCAACUACACACACGCUCCUUGCCUCCCUGCUCACACGUUCUACCAAGGGCCCACCCAACUACACACACGCUCCUUGCCUCCCUGCUCACACGUUCUACUGGACUACACAGGGAAACCCAAUUAGCACUCACACAGCUGUUAGGUACCUGCUUCCCUUUCCUCUCCUUCCUCUCACCAAGGUUGACAUAUAUCAUUCAACUCCUCAGGCUGUCUCAACCAUAUGGUUGGCCAACUCCCUGUAUGAUCUUUAUAUUAGCCCUGGAACCAAAGAAAUCACAAGCAGAAUCAAGAGACAAAAUUUAAUAUAUGCACACAGUUUUAUAUAUCUAGUGCAGCAUCACACCAUGUAGGGCAUUUACUCUUAUUUUAUACAUUCAGGUAGGUUUGAAACACUUCUUAAGGCUACAAAACAGAACAUAGAAAAAUAAACAGGAAUAUAUUCAACACUUACAAAAAGGGAUAUGAUAAAGAAUAUAAAGUACUAUUUUCCUUUCGACACUUCAAAAGAUAUGUAUAUAUACUUUUUUUUUUUUACAAGUAACAUCACAAAUGAUCACAUCUUCACAUGCUUUUAAGUAUUAUUUGUACUCAGUGUAAGGCUAUUAUCAUUUUUCAUACAAAAAUUUUUUCUAACUCUGUAACAAUACACUUUUUAAUCCAUUCAAGUAAAUUCAACCCCAAAGUUGCUAUUUCUCAGCAUUAAGACAUGCACCCACCCGUCUUCUAGGAUCUUCCAAAACUUGUACUUCAGGGAGUAAAAAGUCUCUCUUUAAAAAAAAAAAAAUCCUAAUUAG